AUGACGCAGGCGUCCUCUGCCAUCCGCCUGGCUCCCCGCUCCGGCUCACCGUUGUCAGCUGCUACGGCUCACUGGUGCUGUCAACCUGCAGCCAAGCGCUGGUUGUCUCCACGAUCCGCCGUGGCUCCAUUGACGCACGUCGGCUCUUCCUCCUCGUCCCAUCAUGGACUCGAUCCGUUGCCCGAUCUUCUCUACCAGUCCACCUCCAGGAGAAAACCGAAAUCAGAUCACUACGCUCACCUCCGCGGUCAUAGGAGACGUGCUUGCCCGUCCUUCAUCCACGUAGUUCCAGUUGCCUGCGGCAACCUCAACCCUCUUACAGCGCCGCAACAUCUGCCGCCGUUCAAGGCGUCCCCACAGCUUCCCUCCUUCAGCUCGGUCGCUGGUCCUCCUCAGCCUUCUAGUCUUACAUCAGACCUGAUCUCUCAACCAUACUCGAAGCUCAAAGUUCCAUUUCUGCAGCCGUGCUUCGACCCACCUCCUCCCCAUUGCCACCUCCACCAUGAGGGAAGUCCUCCAGGAUCCCCUGUCGUCUCCCUCUCCAGGCUGCUCCACCACCAGUUUCGGUCCCGGGGGGAAGACUAUCCCGAGUUCGCCGAGCAGACUGCCUGCUCACGGCGAUCCUCGGCUCACGGUCUUCUGCCGGGGCCGAGCGCCAAAGAAUUGUGCCUGUCCUGCGUCAACGCCAACUUCCCCUGCCACUGGUGCAAAUACCGCCACAUGUGCACACAGAACGCCAGCGACUGCUCCUUCCAGGAGGGCCGGGUCAACACGUCCAAGGACUGCCCUCAGAUCCUGCCCUCCACUCAGAUCUACAUUCCAGCCGGGGUAAUGAGGCCGAUCACCCUCCUGGCUCAAAACCUGCCCCAGCCUCAGUCUGGACAGCAGAACUACGAGUGCAUCUUUCACAUCCAGGGCAGCACGCACAGCGUCCCGGCGCUGAGGUUCAACAGCUCCAGCAUCCAGUGUCAGAAGACCACGUAUGACUAUGAGGGCGGCGGCAUCAGCGACCUGCCGGUUGACCUUUCCGUGGUGUGGAACGGGAACUUUGUCAUUGACAACCCGUUCAACAUUCAAGCCCACCUGUACAAGUGUAGGGCGUUACGGGACAGCUGUGGGAUGUGCCUGAAGGCUGACCCCAGGUUUGAAUGCGGUUGGUGUGUCCAAGAUAAGAAGUGCUCCCUGCGGCAGGAGUGUACGGGCGGAGGGAACCCCAACGUGCCGCUGCAGCUGGCCGAAGGUGGGGGGUGGAUGCACGCCACAUCUGGAAACAGCCGUUGCACUCACCCCAAGAUCACUAAGUGUCUCCCUUACAAACCCAUCUGGAGCCCCCAUUUCCACACCCCGACAUCUGUUGUCCAUAUUUGCACCCUGGAGCUUGAUGGCUACUCGCUCUGGUCAGUGUUUACCAGCUAUUGUGUUUGUGGAACCAGAGUGCUGAGGCUCUGCUGGCGCCUGAGGUUCCAAAGGUCUAAAAAAGAUUCCACGCUGCUCGUUGCAGAGCCUGCUCAGCCAAGUAUGGCAGCAGAACAGGGCAUUGGGACGAUUACACAUAAUUACCUCAUAAUGCUCGUUAGGGGCUGGUUGUUCCCAGAAACCGGACCUCGUCAAGGGGGCACCAGGUUGACGAUCUGGGGGGAAAACCUGGGCCUACAGUUCCGAGACAUCCAGAUGGGAGUGGUCUUGGGAAAGGUGCCCUGCGUCCCCGUCGAACAGGAGUAUGUCAGCGCUGAGAGAAUCGUUUGUCUUCUGAACGAUGCCACUGGCUACCGGGUUCAAGAAGCUCAGGUGGAGGUGUGUGUGAGAGCCUGCGUCAAUGACUACAGAGCUCUGUCACCAAGGCCAUUCACCUUUGUGACUCCAUACUUCACCCGUGUCCAGCCGUCUCAGGGACCCAUUUCGGGCGGGACCCGGGUCACCAUUGAGGGAAGCUAUCUCAACGCAGGCAGCUCCGUUUCUGUCAGCAUCGGACCACAACCCUGCCAUUUUAAGAGGAGAAAUGCACGAGAGAUUGUGUGCGUUACCCCAGCUGUACUUUCACCAAGCAGUUCUUCAGUCCUGGUGGACAUCGAUGACGCCGAGCUCCGGAACCCAGAGGUCAGAUUUAACUACACCGAAGACCCCACAGUUCUGAAAAUCGAGCCCGACUGGAGCAUCGCCAGUGGUGGAACCCCACUAACAGUGAGUGGGACCAACUUAGCAACCAUCCGAGAACCGAAGAUCAGGGCCAAAUAUGGGCAGGCCGAGUCUUUUCACGGUCGUAACCUGAUCCCAGCGGCGCCGGGUAACAGCCGCCUGAACUACACGGUGCUGAUUGGAGAGACUCCCUGCGUUCUGACCCUGUCUGAGAGCCAGCUGCUGUGCGAAUGGCCCAACCUCACCGGACAGCACAAAGUCACGAUCCGUGCUGGUGGAUUCGAAUACUCCCCAGGAACUCUUCACAUCUACUCUGACAGUCUCCUCACCCUGCCUGCCAUCAUUGGGAUUGGAGGGGGCGGUGGCCUGCUCCUCUUGGUGAUCAUCGCUGUUCUGAUAGCCUACAAGAGGAAGUCGAGGGACGCGGACCGCACCCUGAAGCGCCUCCAGCUCCAGAUGGACAACCUGGAGUCACGAGUGGCCCUGGAGUGUAAAGAAGCUUUCGCUGAGCUCCAGACGGACAUCCAUGAACUGACCCAGGAACUGGACGGCGCAGGGAUUCCCUUCUUGGACUAUCGCACAUAUGCAAUGAGAGUCCUGUUCCCUGGAAUUGAGGAUCACCCUGUGCUUAAGGAGAUGGAGGUCCAAGCCAAUGUUGAGAAGGCACUCACGCUGUUUGGCCAGCUGUUGACCAAGAAGCACUUCCUGCUGACAUUCAUACGGACACUUGAGGCUCAAAGGUCGUUUUCGAUGCGGGAUCGAGGCAACGUGGCAUCUCUGAUCAUGACGGCCCUGCAGGGGGAGAUGGAGUACGCCACAGGGGUCCUGAAACAACUGCUGUCUGAUCUGAUAGACAGAAACCUGGAGAGCAAAAAUCACCCCAAACUGCUGCUAAGGAGAACGGAGUCUGUUGCUGAAAAGAUGCUAACCAACUGGUUUACUUUCCUCCUGUACAAGUUCCUCAAGGAGUGUGCCGGCGAGCCUCUGUUCAUGCUGUACUGUGCCAUCAAGCAGCAGAUGGAGAAGGGACCCAUUGACGCCAUCACAGGAGAAGCCCGCUACUCCCUCAGCGAGGACAAACUCAUCAGGCAACAGAUUGACUACAAAACAUUGACGCUGCACUGCGUUAACCCGGAGAAUGAAAACGCCUCAGAAGUGACGGUCAAGUGUCUGAACUGUGACACCAUCACUCAGGUCAAGGAGAAGUUGCUUGAUGCCGUGUACAAAGGCAGCCCUUACUCACAAAGGCCAAAGGCGUCUGAUAUGGACCUUGAAUGGCGUCAGGGUCGGAUGGCCAGAAUCAUUCUGCAGGACGAAGACGUCACAACCAAGAUCGACAAUGACUGGAAAAGACUCAACACUCUAGCUCACUAUCAGGUAACAGAUGGCUCAGUGAUCGCCCUGGUGCCAAAGCAGAACUCUGCGUACAACAUCUCCAACUCCUCCACCUUCACAAAGAGCCUCAGUAGAUACGAGAGCAUGCUGAGGACGGCCAGCAGUCCGGACAGCCUGCGGUCCAGAACGCCAAUGAUCACACCAGACCUGGAGAGCGGCACCAAACUGUGGCAUUUGGUGAAGAACCAUGACCACUCAGACCAGAGAGAAGGGGACAGAGGGAGCAAAAUGGUCUCUGAGAUUUACCUGACCAGGCUGCUGGCCACGAAGGGUACAUUACAGAAGUUUGUGGAUGACUUGUUUGAGACCAUCUUCAGCACGGCUCACAGAGGCAGCGCUCUGCCGCUGGCCAUCAAGUACAUGUUCGACUUUCUGGAUGAGCAAGCCGACAAGCACUCCAUCACAGACUACGACGUCCGGCACACCUGGAAGAGCAACUGUCUUCCUCUGCGGUUCUGGGUGAAUGUGAUCAAGAAUCCUCAGUUUGUAUUCGACAUCCAUAAAAACAGCAUCACGGACGCCUGCCUGUCCGUCGUGGCUCAGACUUUCAUGGACUCGUGUUCGACGUCUGAGCACAAACUGGGGAAAGACUCGCCUUCAAAUAAGCUCCUCUACGCUAAAGACAUCCCCAACUACAAGAGCUGGGUGGAGAGAUAUUACUCGGAUAUUUCCCGUAUGCCAGCAAUCAGCGAUCAGGACAUGAGUGCCUACUUAGCGGAGCAGUCGCGCCUGCACCUCGACCAGUUCAACAGCAUGUCUGCUCUGCAUGAGAUCUACACCUACAUCAUCAAAUACAAAGACGAGAUCCUGUCGGCGCUCCAGAAGGACGAGCAGUCCCGCAGGCAGCGGCUACGCGGCAAGCUAGAGCAGGUCAUCGACACAAUGGCCCUGGCCAGCUGAGGGCCGGCCAAUCAGACACCUCAACUAGUGCAGAACUUGGCUUAACCCACACGCCUUCCCCUCUCCACGUCUGACAUCCAUUUCCAUUCACAGCGUUUUGAAAUCUGUUGUUGCCACGCUCACAGACCCCCCCCCCCGUCCCCCCACAGCGAUGGGAAUGAGGCUGGAGGGAGACGGGUGACGCAGUGGCACGCCGGAGGGACAGCAGAAUGUUUGGUCACCACAUUUAGUUUUACUUUCUUCUCUGAGCCGCAAUUCUUACUCUGAUCAGCCAAAUCAACUGCAACUCCUAGCCACAGCUAAUGUGGACCUGAGCUUAAACAGGUGAGCAGGAAAUAAACUGGUUUAGCUGGAGCUGGAACCCCUGCGGGGAAAGUACAGGCCACCACUUGGUAUCUUUCCACUGCCACGGCAACGGUUCAGACUGUGAGUUGUUGAAAAUCCAGGAGAUUUCAUCGCUCUACUCGAUCCCCUUUCUGCUGCUGUCCUCCGUACGGAGCAGGGGAGACAAAACAUCAGGGACUCUGUAGAACGGCGGCGGGAAGUCCUGGCAGAGAUUUACUUAGACGUUUCAAGAAGCCACAGAAACGAUGGGGAUGGAGGACCCACCCGAGAACGUCCCACCCAUUCCGGUUUGGACUCUCAAUGUCUCUAUCGCCACAAAAAAAAAACAGCAGCAAAAAACAAACAAAACCCGCCUCUGAAGUCCAACGAAAAAGUUCCCGUUACGCUGAGUUUAAUUUGUCAUUGCAUCUGAUUCUUUUCUCUCCCCAGUGCUGUGCCACUUGUGUUACUGCUGAAUUUGCACAACAAAAGCUAAAUCAAAAGAGAGAAGAGGAUAUAUGAUGAAAUAUAUAUAUAUAGAUAUAUAGAUAUAUAAAUACAACCCUUUGUUUUUAAAACGAAUCAAAAAGUCGAAUUUUUUUUCCUCCAUUUCAAUGUACAAAAGAUGUUUCAGAAAAUUUGAUAUUUCCUAGAUAAAAAACAAAAAAAAGAGAUUAUGAAAACACAAGGAAAAAGUCGUCUUGUGCCAUGUUUUACUUUGAAUGUCGUUUAGUGCAAAGAGACUUCUUUUUGUUAGAUAAAAUGUGCUAAUUUGAUCAUGUUGUCAUGCUUAGUGACUGAGAGUUUUAAAAACAGGUAAACAGCAGAAAUAUAAGAAUAUAUUACAGACACUCUCUCUGUUACCCGAGUUCUUGGCGCCCGUUGUGUGCUGUGGCUCCGAGGAUUGUAAAAAGACAAACGAUGUCUGGAAGCCACCGAUGAGCCAAACCAACCUACAGAGCUUUGUGUUUGCUUUUUUUGUUUAGUUUUUUUAGAGAAACCAAAUAGAUCAGGGUCAGCCGUUUUAGACGAGUGGUUGGUGUUGAAGGUCACCUCAUGCCGUGCCGUUGACCUGGAGGCAGAUCCCUGGCACGCUGUGCUGUGUAACUUCUAGGUCUUGUUUUCUAGACCCCCCCUCUAGUCUGAAGCGAUUUAUGGGCCCGCUCCACUGAAGGAUAGUUUCGCUGUGCAGAGAAAAGUGAAUCAGUCUUGUCAAAGUCUGCAGUAAAGCCUGUAAAGCUUAAAAGGCCCUUUUUUUUUUACAACUGUGAAUGUGGUUUUUCAAGAAAAAAAAAAAAAAAGAAAUGUAGCUUGAAAUAUGUGAGUGUUUUUGUACAAGUUGAAGGCCUUUUUUCUUUAUGUUUUCUGUAGUUUUAUAGAGGUAAAAAAAAUAACUUUUAAAAAAAAAACCCACCCUGAUAUUUUUUCUUGCACAGUUUGCUGGAGCACAUUAACUUUCAGUGCUUUGAAAGUCAUUUUGUUGGUUUGCAUCUUGUUCUGCUUCAGGUGCGGUUUCCUCAGAGGGAUGGAAAACGGAGGGAAAGGGUUGAAACUGUUCACAAAGUUCAAACAUAACACACUCAGCAUCAACAUGUUGUGUUAUACAAAUCACAAAAUGAAAUCCCACAAAUACGUUCAUUUUACUGGACUCUACAGUUGUUAGCGCCUCUGGUGAAAAUGUGUAAAAGGCUUUAAAAGAAAUUCAUCUUUUAUUGCAGUAAUGUGGUCUCACAUUCAUUGUUGGGGGUGGGGGGAGUCUAUUUACGUUUCCGGCAUGUUAUGUUAUGUGUUGGGAACAACAAAUAAUUCCCAACAGUUAUUAAUUGGUAAUGUUUUAACUCUCCACAUGGGAUUCUCGUGGGAGAAAUCUUCACUCCGAGUCCCGUUAAAAACAAACCAGAAAGAUUAUCUACACAAUUAAAUUCAACAAUUAAACACUUUCCCAACUUAGCAAAAUAAAAAAAAAGACAUUGCUGUGUGGACGUGAACUGAGAAGGGUCAUCUUGGGGUCAUCAACCAAUAAACUGAGAUCUUCUUGCCACUCGGUGAUUUGGAACGUAUUCUAUGAUGUUCACUUUACCGUCCAAACCCACCGAGAAAUGUUGGAACUGGCAAGAAGCUAAACAUGUCACAUGACCAAGGAAUCAAAGCAGGUGCUUAAAUAAUUGUGGCACCCAUAAAUUUGAUAUAAUGUUUUUAUUUUUUUUUUUAUUUAUCUCAUUAAAUAAAUUUACUCAAAUUGAAUUAAAAAAAAAAAGAAACAUCUGAGAUCAUUCUACUGCAAUAAAAAUGGAUCUUUUGAAAGGGUUUUUACUAAUCUUUAUCAGUAAUAGUGGAGGACACUAUAAACGAUCCUGUGGGGUAAAUAAAGCUCAAUUCUUCUGCUGAGCAGUACUUCUUCAAAGGAAACCGUUAUUAAUACCUCAAAAACAAAUGUUUUCUUCCGCUUCUGCAGUGCUUCCUGCAUAUUUAUUCCCCUUGAAAAGACAUUUUAUCCAAGUCCUCAGGGGGGAUAAGGCAGAAACUUGUGUUUGCUUUUAGCAACAUCCAACCAGAACUAAGACUUUCUCAAGAAUCAACGUUGUACAAUCCUGUCUCCCACCAGUUGUGGGUCUGGUCACCUGGAAAAGCACACGCGUGCAUUUUAUGUUUUGUAAUGAUCACAUCGAUAUGCAGCAGCUGGAAAAUCUAAAAAUCUACAAACGGAUAUUGACAAGCCAAGGUUUAAAACCACGUCGCAAAUUUUAUUAGGUUUUAUCUGCAUGUUUGCGCCAAUUCAAAGUGAUAAAACGAGUUUGCUUGUUCCGUUGCUGCGAAUGCAGAAGAUACAGACUGAAAAGUGUGACCAUAAAAAAAAUCUCCAGAUGCUUGUCAGACACUUCCUGUGUGAUAAUUGUUCGGUCACAGCUGCUUUAAAGCAGGAAGCCAACAUGUGUUCAUUUGACACAAGUAGUGAUUUCCCCCUUGGGAAAGUUUGUGGUCACCUGCUUGUAUGUUUGAGCAAGACGAAGGCAAAAGAUGAAAUUUAAAUCUAAAUGUGUCUGAGUUCAACAGUGUGUCGUGUACAGACAGCUGCUGAUGACGGCUCUUUAGUAUCAAAAUGUCACAAUAUGCUUGGUUCGAUCUGCAUAAAUCCACAUGCAUUUGAUUUCUAUGAUGUACGUUUUAGAAAAUCAGCAAACGCUCAUACACAUUCCAGCAAGAUUGGUUUUUACCUUUACUUUUUUUUUUUUUCUUUUUUUUUUACUCGUACAUCCAUUCCACAAAACUGGAUUGAUACAGCUGCUUUCAGCUACAUAACAUAGUUCAUCUACAUUGUCUCAGCUAUUCUCUAUAUUUUCUGAAACCCUUUAAAGACCUAGUGUUCAUCUUCUGCUGAGCCUGCCAUGAACCUGACGGACUCUGUUUUUAUCUGAUAACCUGGAUGUGUGUCCGGACACAUGGAAUCAUUCUGUAUGUGCUUUGAUACUUGAACCACUGACUUACAGGGUAAAAAAACGAAACAUGCAGAGCGAGCCGACCAAAGCUUACAGUCAUCCACACCAGGAAAGCAACCAUGAGAGGAAGUUAUCGUCACAAUGUCUGAUUUUCAGUUCUUCCACAAAGCAAUUUUCAGUGUUUUGGAUUUUUGAAUUAUUUAAAAUGCUUAAUGUUUCUUCCUUUUUCUAGGAGUUUGGUCAAACGUAAGCAUUAUUACUUCCAUGUACAGAUAUUCAUUGAGUAAUGAAGCCAUCUCGGAAUGUGAAUCACAUCAUUGAUAUUCACUUGUUCUGUAGAUGAAAAAUGCUAUAAAUUGUUUUCACAAUCUUAAAACACUACUUAGGUUUAACCCUGAUCUCUUUUGUGGGCAGUAAAAAAAAGUGAUGUUUUUGUUUACCUAUUUUGCGUCUUGUUCUCUGCUUCACAUCGAGUUUAGGUAAAAGAUUUUUUUUUUUAAAAAAACCUCAUCUGAGCCACAGGAAGUUGCUUUGAAAACCAUAGUACCUUUUCAUUUUUGAUUUCUUCACCUGUUUGGGUCAUUCUUCUUUUUUGAGAAAAAGACACUGAAAAAACAACUGAGGGAGUUGGUCUCUUGAUAGCAACACCCUUCAAUGUGCCUUGUUUGCUUGGUACAAUGUUGCUUCAAACAGCAUAAAGGAAAUAGUUUCUUUUUUUAUCUGUCAGAAAAAGAAAAGAGGAAACAGACAAAUAAUUUUAAUGUGUGAAAUCACCAACACAGUUCUCAAAUGUAUAGUUUUUAACAUAAAGAAGUAAUUUUCUUAUUUAAAAAGACAAAGGUACAGAAAGGUGAAAGUGAACAAUGACCAAUACCUAAUUUAAAGCUCAACUAAAUAUAUAUGUGAGCCAAAAAUACUCCUAAAACUAGUAACGUUAUCUUUUUUUUCCCGUUUUUUUUUUUCUUUUAGCUGAAUAAUUUUAAUUUUUUUUGUUUGUUUAUUUUUACUAUCACUAUUAUUAUUAUUAUUAUUAUUAUUAUUAGAAACAAUGAACUCUUUUCCUGCUCACAGGGCUAGCUACUUGGCUAACUAAUUUUCUUUGAAGAGAUAAAGCUAAGAUAGUGCUUUAAAAAUCCACUUGGCUCUAAAUCCCAAAUGUCAAAGAUGAUUAUUUGUAGUAGCGAAAUGUAUUGACUAAUCUUUCUACUGUAAAUAUACAGUACUUAUACUUACUCCAACAUGGGUUGGAGUUUUUCUGAUUCUAAGCCAUUAAAGCUAUUUCUCUGUUUCUGACAACGGAUACAUUUUUUUGCACAUUUUGAAAGCCAUUUUGAAAGUGCAUUAAAAAGCAGCUGUUCAAUGGAUUUUAAGAUUUGGUUGAGCCCUCUGGUGUCACCCUCCUGACCCCUAAAAAUACUCGCAGGUUUCUCAUUCCUUCACUUCCAGUGUUCCUGCUCCCUCGCCAAUGCUUCAGAGACACAGCAGAGAAUGUUAAACACCUCUCACAGAUUAAAGACAAGCGACGCAGAAAGGAUAAAAAAAAAUACCUUAGAGUUUUAAUACUUUAUGAAUUAUGAUAUCUUUUUAAGAGCUUCAGAUAUGAAGCUGCUGUGACAGGUUUUGGCUGUUUCACACCUGUGUAAAUAUCCUGCUCUUUCCUAUUUUGCAGAUUUAUUACUUGUGUAUAGACACGCAUCAAGGAGAGAUUAAACAUGUUUUUUGCUAAAUCUG